AUGCCGAGCAUGGAAAAAAAUCUCUUCAAUUUGAAGUUUGCUGCUAAAGAACUCCAAAGAAAUUCCAAAAAAUGUGACAAAGAGGAAAAACUAGAAAAGGCCAAAGUCAAGAAGGCCAUCCAGAAGGGCAACAUGGAGGUUGCCAGGAUCCACGCAGAGAACGCCAUCAGACAGAAGAACCAGUCUGUGAACUUCCUGAGGAUGAGCGCCCGGGUAGACGCGGUGGCAGCCAGAGUCCAGACGGCCGUCACGAUGAACCAGGUCACAAAGUCCAUGGCAGGAGUAGUGAAAGGCAUGGAUUCUACUCUGAAGAGUAUGAAUCUUGAAAAGAUCUCAGCUCUCAUGGACAAAUUUGAGCAUCAGUUUGAAACUCUGGAUGUUCAGACUGCCCAGAUGGAGGACACCAUGAGCAGCACAACCACUCUCACAACACCACAGAACCAAGUGGAGUCUUUGCUACAUGAAAUGGCCGACGAAGCCGGUUUGGACUUGAACAUGGAGCUCCCUCAAGGGCAGACGGGCUCAGUGGGAACCAGCGUGGCCUCUGCAGAACAGGACGAACUGUCUCAAAGACUCGCCAAACUCAGAGAUCAGAUGUAG